UCCUUUAUUAACAGAAAUUUCCCAAGAGUUCUUUGCUUUCUUCAUAAAGCCUACGUCAUUCAAAUUUCAAUCACAAGUUCUUUCUAAACAUCGCAACAUCAAGGAAUGGCUCUUUCACUACAACGGUACAAAUAUCCUUAUGGAGGCAUAUGUAACGGUGAAUUAGCAAUCAUCUUAGAGAAAAGAAUGCAAGGAGAAAGAAAAUUAUUAUCAGGAGUUGCAACAAUAGAUGUUGGAGAUUUGUUUAUUGAAGAUUUGUUAAUGGAGAUUUUGUCUCGAUUGCCUGUGAGAACACUUUUGCAAUUCCAAGUUGUUUGUAAGUCAUGGUAUGGUAUCAUCAAGAAUCCUUAUUUCAUUUCCAAGCAUUUGAAAAAUUAUUGUAGCAACAAUGAUGAUCGUGGUGGUUGCCUCAUCACUCAAUAUGCAAUGCCUCAAGUUGGAGAACUUCAAGUCCAUGAGUUAUUGGUUGAUGAUAAAACAUAUAAAGUUUUAGCAUAUGAAACAAUACGAACACCUAAGUAUAACACCUAUCUUUGUGGUCCAUGUGACGGAAUAUAUUAUCAAUGGUGUAAAGGUGAAGAUGAACGUUUUUUGUGGAACCCUGCCCUCAACGAGUUCAAGGUCUUACCUCGUAUAAGUAUGAAUCCUACUAAUUCUUUAUCACAUAUGAAUUUUGAUGGCGUAACAGAGUUUUAUGGAUUUGGAUACGAUUCUGUUACUAAAGAUUACAAAGUUAUUGUCAUCAAGGGUUACAAGGAUACAACAAAAUAUUCAUCUCAUGAUAAGUAUACGGAUUAUCCUUUAUCGAUCUUCAUCUACUCAUUAAGAAACGAUUCUUGGAGAUAUUGGGGUGAUCUGCCAAAAUAUUAUUAUCUGAGUCACAAUACGUGUUAUGUUUUUGUUAACGACAAUGUUUAUUGGCUAGGGUCGACUAAGUCGUAUAGUAUUUUCGAUUUCGAUGUAAUAAUCUCUUUCAACCUAGCUAGUGAGAACUUCCAAGAGCUACAUCUACCAAGUUAUGAUAAGGCAGUUGAGGAACGUCCUACACUUGCGGUAUGUGAUGACUCCAUUGCUCUACUCUUUGGUUAUAAUGAGAAGUGUUUCGUGAUGUGGUCUUUUAACGAAGGGUUUUGGAUCAAGAAAUGCACAAUAAAUAUUGAUUUCAAUGUUUAUUGUCGACCACUUGGUCAUUGGAAGAAAAAUACACUUUUAUUUCAAGGGGAUUAUACACUAAUAUUGUAUGAUCUUGAGACCAACGAAAUAUGUUAUCUUGAAUAUCCGAUGGAUGUUUAUGGUAAGUGUGUCAAUAUUUCUGCGUAUAAGGAAGGCCUAGUUUCAAUUAUUGACUGAAUGAAAUAGUUUUGGCAAAAUGUGGAAAUAAAGUGGGAGUAGAUCCUGAUCACUAUUGGCAAUAAUAGAGUUUGUCUUGUAAGAGAUCGCUUUUUUUUAAAUUAAAGUUAAACAAUGGUAUGUCCGAUAUCAAAAAGAGAAUUAGUCUAAUAGUGACUAGGUUAAUUGAUUUUAGUGACUAGUUUAUUCAUUUAGUGACUAGGUCUACUUUUAUAUUAAAAUUA